AUGCGUAUAUCCUUCGACACAAUAAUUGUGGCACUUGCUGGGCUCUGUCUAGUGGGUCUUCAUGUGCAUGCAAAUCCAUCGGUACUAGACGACAAAGAGAGGAGUGGGACUGUUACUGCUGUAGUCGAAUCGGCGGUAAACGCGUUAAAGCCGACAUUUGGCCCUGAUUACAUCGAGGAAUGGCUGACCGCCAAGAAAUCAACAGCCGACGUUUUCAAGUUGUUAACGCUUGACAAGGCGGAGAAUGUUUUGCGCCAUCCAACGAAUUUUGCAGUUCUAGGCAAGUUUGUGAAACAGUUUAACUUGGCGAACCCCGAAAGUCGAACCUCACUCAUUAAAGUACUUACGAAUCACUAUGGGGAAUAUGGUGCGACAAGAAAUCCCAGGAAUGUGUUUGCACUAAUGCAACUUGAUAAAGCUGGAGAGAAGCUUUUUGAAAAGCCAGAGAUUAUCACCUGGGUUGAGUAUUUGGACCAGUACAACAACAUGUAUGCUGGCAAGCUGGGGCCGGUAUCCUUGCUCUUUCUUAUGAGAAAAAAUAACGAAAAAACUUUUGUACACAUGCUGAUCGCUGCGAAGGAGGUCCCGAGUACAGAAGAACUCGCGGUGCGCGUGCAAGCCAAGCUGACUUUGUUGUGGCUUCGACAAAAAAGACCGCCGGAUGCAAUUUUUGAACUUCUUAACCUUCACGAAGAUGAUUUCCUCUUGUUGGGCCUUUUUGACAACCGCCUGGAUGAACAGUGGUAUUCAAUAGAAAUGUUGGAAAAAGUGCCUAUCGAUAUGUCCAAGUCUCGGAGCUUCGAACGUCUAGCAUUAGAAAUGAAAGCCAUAGUGCAGAAAGCAUGGUUCACACAGCUUCAAUCUCCCGUGGAUGUACAAAGGGUUAUGGAGGAUCUAAAGCCACCAGAGAGAAGCACACUACACCGCGCUUUGGAAGAUUAUCCUAUAUAUUUCCACACACGCUUAAUACACCAAAAAAAUUAUAACAACAAAGUCAACGCUCUGAAGAAGCACUUCAAAGAAACGAAAGACUUGGCGAAGAUGGUUCUUGACGCAUCGAUGGAUCAAGAAACAGAGAGAGUUGCCUCCAGAUUCAUGGACGUCUUACUCAAGCAAUGGGUAGAUGACUCCGUAGAACCGACUACGGUAAGGGAAUGGCUUCGAUUUGAACAUACUGCGGCGGACAGUGUUACAAAGAAGCAGAACGACAUUACUGAGAAGGAAAACGAAAUUGCUGAGCAGCAAAACGAAAUUACCAAGAAGCUUAACAAAAGGUACAGAAAGAUGUACAACACGGAUCACAACGUCCCACCUACCAAACGCCACAAAUCAAAGCAUAGCGAACGAUGA